UAAAAAACAGAAAUAGCCUUUUAAACAUUUAUUUCAUCAUUUACAAAUCCUGCUCAAAUUGUUCACCUCUGUUUCGAAUGCAGGCCCGACAUCUUUGUCGUAUUUCUACAGUUGUAGUCCGAAGUCCAUUACAUGGCGCAGUAGCCAUGUAAUCUUAUUUUUUAGUUGAGACAUCAUUGCCUCUGCUGUCUAACGUGUGUGCUAGAUUUCUGUACUCCACGAUUCUUUCAUUCGGUUGUAUUUUCUCGUUAAGUUUUGUUGUUUUUUGUUACGUUUUAUUAAGUUUCUGUUAUUUUUAAACUUUGUUAACUAUUUUGUUGUUGCAAUGGCGACAUACUCUAACGAAGAAUAUGCGGAUAUCAUAAUGAUUUAUGGUGAGGCCCGUGGUGUCGCUCGUGCAGCGCAACGGCUUUACCCCGAACGCUUUCCUGGUCGACGAUUGCCUGGCCGCAGAGUUUUCCCAGACACAUACCGGCGAUUACGCGAGACUGGGAGUGUCACUCUCCGUGAACCAAGGGGACAUGUUGUGCGACAUAAUGUUGAAGUGGACGAAAGAAUACUGGCAUUAUUUGAAGAAGAGGACACAAGAAGCAUUAGAGAUGUGGCGGCACAACUUAAUAUUUCAAUAUGGAAAGUGUGGAAGGUCCUUCGACAAAACGAAAAAUAUCCAUUUCACGUGACUCGUGUUCAAGGUCUUGAGGGUGGUGACUUUGACAGACGAGUUCACUUUUGUCGGUUUUUGUUACACACAGAUGUGGAAAAUCCUGAUUUUUUAAAAAGAAUACUGUGGACGGACGAAUCUAAAUUUACCAGAGAAGGGAUCCUUAACUUACACAACUUGCACCACUGGGCACCGAAACAGGAAAACCCACAUGCCAAAAGACAAAACUCUUUUCAAUAUCGAUUCAGUGUGAACGUUUGGGCAGGAGUGAUUGGGAAUCAGGUAAUUGGACCACAUUACCUACCCGAUAACCUCAAUGGCGAUAAUUAUUUAGAGUUCCUGCAAAAUGAUCUGCCGGAAUUAUUGGCCGAGGUGCCCGUGUUUAAUGAAGAUGUGCCCAUAGUAUUUCAAAACGAUGGCUGUCCCGCGCAUUGGCGUUUAACUGUGAGGGAAUACCUUGACAAUGUGUUCCCCAAUUCGUGGAUUGGGCGCGAUGGGCCUAUUGCAUGGCCUCCACGUUCCCCAGACUUAACUACAUUAGAUUUUUAUGUCUGGGGACGUGCCAAAGAGCUGGUAUACGCCACAGAAGUUCCAACGAGGGAGGUACUGAUACAACGCAUAGAAGCAGCCUUUAAUACAAUCAAAAACGAAAUACGACUUCGGACUACAACUGAAAAAUACGACAAAGAUGUCGGGCCUGCAUUCGAAACAGAGGUGAACAAUUUGAGCAGGAUUUGUAAAUGAUGAAAUAAAUGUUUA